UGACAAAUUAUUUGCUCUAGCGCAAGUGCGUGGUAGAGCUACGACAAAUUAGGUGGGCACCAUGUCAUUCUAUACCGCCCUCUGUCAGAUCAGAAAUCCCAUGGGAUACGAUCGCGCAUGCGCAAACCAGUAGCAAACGUACACUCGCAGAACCAGACAGCAGCAAAAUACAUUGCUCCACAAAAGUACCGAAAACUUACCGUUUUUCUGCAGGGAUUGGAAUUAAUCCUGCUUCACGUAUGGCGAAGAACAAUAGUGACCACAGCGCUGCCAAUGACGCACAAAAACAAGAUUCGACGAAAGUGGGGGAAGACAAGGUUAAUCCCGGGUCGAAAGAGAAUAUGACCAGCAGAAAGAUGACGCACUCGUCCACACGUAAACAAUUGGCGGCAACCAGCCACCAGUCAUCCAAAUCUGGUCGGGGCAACACAGAACUCGUCAAAGCAUUGAGCCAGCUGGCCAAAACCAUGCUGGACCUGAAAGUUGAUGUGUGUCCCAUUAAACAAACUCAACAGGAAUUGGAAAAUGAGCAUGAUCUCCCUCAUUCUGCGUUACCUCAUCCGGACUAUUUUUAUCCGCCCCACGACAUGGAAUGGGAAUAUGGCGGUGCUGUUUAUCCAGUGGAGGAAUACGCGGUGGAGGCACUGCGAUUCGGGUGACCAUGACGGAGGGUCAAAGGACACGAGCACUAGCGCCGUAAACAACAUGGCUGACAACGAUCACAGUGUCACUGACACAACAGAUCGUGGCUCUGGCACUGCCCCCGACUUGGAUCCGGUUGUAAGCAAAUUUGAUGAAUAUCUGGCGGAGUUUGUGACUCCAAAGGAAGAGACGUGUGAAGCUGUAUCUGCGUCAUUAGCCAAGGGCGUGAACAAGAUGUUUCAGAAAGGUUUGGACUUCGAGCUUUUUCACAAGAAAUCAGUGGAAAUCAAGCGCCCUGAGAAUUGUACCGUGUGCCAGGUUGAAACUGGUGAUCUUGUGCACAAGUUGCUGAAACACCAAACCAAAAGAUUCGACGAAAGGAUGAAAUUAUCCAAACUUCGGUGUCCAAAGCUGACUGCUGCCUGAAAAACAUGUCGAUAUAAAAAAGGAGGACAGCAGUGCAGUUCUAAGUGCCAGCAUCGUCAAUGAGUUAACCGCAAUUGGCAUAACAAGACCCUCCAUGUUGGGUCACAGUUUCCACAACAUUUGCCUACGCGGCGCCACAGGGAGCUGCAGAAACCAGAACUGUCUUGGUGUUAUGAUAAUCUGUUCUCAUCUGAUGUAGAGCACAAUGCCUACUUAUAUGGUGGAAACCAGAAUAUGGAAAAGCAGAUAAAGGACAUUGGGGAAUCCCACAAGACAGUUAGCCAGCUGCGGCCAGGCAAAUCUUCCUAUACAUAUACCUGAGGAGCCUAUCGCUACCCCCCACUACUACAGGGGAGGAUUUUUUCCUCGCAGGCACUAUGGCCCUGGUCCUAUCCGUAGGAGUAGAGGUGGUCGGCCAUACACUCCAAACCCAUCAUAUCCUACAAGUAGCGUUGCCAGUGGUGGUAGACAAUCUGGAGGUGGGCAAUCUAAAGGUGCACGUCCAGCUUUCACUGCAUCUCAAGCCCCGCCUAAUGGUGGGCCCACUUAAAUACAGAGAUUUGGAACAAGCCAAAGAUGAAGCAUUGAGACUGAGUGCAGGGGAUUUUGACUCUCAAAUGACUGUCUCUGAAGCCAUUAAAGCAGAAUUACAUUGCCUAAUUGGGCGAGUGCUGCAGAAGCCAAGAACAGACCAAGGGAUGGCUCUGAUGAUUGUACCAUGUUGGCCCACCCAACCGUGGUUCCCUGUCUUUCUGAAGAUGCUGACAGAGCAACUUUCACUGUUACCCCCAAUGGACAAGCUACUGACUCUCAAGUUCAGCAGCAGUCUUCAUCCACUGAGAAAGAAGUUGAUUCUGAUAGCAGGUCGCAUAUCAGGAAAGCCUCAAGAGAGUCAGCACUUUCAGAGCGAGCUACCCCAAUCAUCCUCAAUGCCUGGAAAUGUGGAACUCACAAACAAUACUCACUUUACAUCCAGAUAUGGAAUGCGUUUUGUUUGCAAGGGCAAAGCGAUAGUAUUUCAACAUCUGUCAAUGAAGUAAUUGAUUUCUUAACCCAAUUGUUUGAAGGUCUUAGGUAUAGUGCCAUUAAUACGGCUCGCAGUGCACUUUCACAGUUUGUAAUAUGCAAAGGGGGUGUUACUACUGGAUCUCAUCCAUGGGUGAUCAAGUUUAUUAGAGAGGUGUACAACCUCAGGCCUCCUGUGCCUCGUCAUCAUGAUACCUGGGAUGCAUCCGUCCUCCUCAAGUAUUUGAGAUUGCUAUCGCCAGUAGCGAAAUUAACAUUAAAAAUGUUAACUCUGAAAACAGUGACAUUAGCAUCGCUUUUAGUAGCGGCUAGGGCUCAAACCCUCAAUGUACUUGAUCUGACAAACAUGACAAAGAAACAUCCAAAUUCACCUUUCUGGUGAGAAUGUCAGAUCUUAAGCAAAGUAGGCAAGGAUAUACCCAUCCUGUCCUUGAGUUCAAAGCAUGCCCAGUUGAUCAAGGCCUUUGUAUCUACACUGCACUCUCAGAGUACAUUGAAAGAACCCACACUCUUAGGAAAGAGGAGUCAAAAUUGUUUUUGUCAGCUACAUGAAGCCUCACAAAAAAGUAACAGCAACAAUCAGCAAUUGGAUCAAAACCUCUAUUUCCAAGGCGGGGAUCGAUAUUUCCAGAUACAAACCCCUCAGUGUUCGAUCAGCAUCCACAUCAAAGGCAUUGUCAUCUGGGGCAUAUCUUGAGCAGAUCCUCAAAACAGCAGGUCAAAGCAGUGCCAAGACAUUUGCCAAAUACUACAAUGAGGCCAUUAAACCCCAGGAAACCAUGGGCGAGCGAGUGGUAACUGCUGCUUCAUCAAGACAUAUGUAGUCUUUCUCUUAAGUGUUAAACAUGACGGCUACAUUCUCCCAGAGUAAAUCUAAUGGAUGAUUUUUCAAAGGGCAAUAAUGCUACAUGGUUCAAAUUAUCUCACAGACUGUGCUGCUUAAUAUCCAUUGGCACUGUUUCAAUCUAUUCUCAGAUUAACCGUACACAUAUAUUAUGGAGGUGUUAUCCAGAUGGUUGCUUGAGUAUGCAACAGUUUGUCCUUUAAGGUUACCAUGUGAAGGCAAUAAACCAAGUUUCAGGGUUGUUGCAUGUACAUAAUGUAUUUCUUUGUCAUUUUAUU